AAGUAUCUGCAGCUGCUUCUAGUUUCUGAGUCUUAAGCCACUGUUAUGGAAGCUCAUCAAAUCUAUACCCUCUCUCAAAUUUCCUCUCACAACGGUGUGAAUGAUUGCUGGGUCGCCAUAGGUGGCAAGGUGAUUGAUGUAACCAACUUCUUGCAAGAACACCCGGGAGGCGACGUGCUGCUGCUGGAGGUCGCGGGGAAAGACGCCACGCAGGACUUCAAGGCGAUCGGGCACAGCAAGGGCGCGAAGAGCCUCCUCCUCAGAUACCAAGUCGGAGUCGUGGAAGGGUUCGAGGCGAAGGCGGAGGAGGAUGUGGCUGCUGCUUCGAAGGAUCGCGACGUAGCAGAAGAGACUGCGACUGGUAAAGCGACUCAGACGAUGACCGGGUUUCCGAUUGAGGAUGGCGACGACAAAAGCAACAGCCAUGGUAGAGAGUUUGGGCUCAUACAAUUCCUUGUGCCUCUUCUUAUUGCCUGCUUAGUGUUCUGGUACAGAUGCUCUUCUACCAUAACAGAAAUGUUUAGUUGAAGUUAAAUGUGUAAUAAAAAACUUAAGAAUAGUUCCUGCACUAUCCAGUAUUGCGAUUUGGUCCUCGACCGCCAAAAAGAUAAAUUAUUGAUCUAAUCAAAUUGAAAUGAAAGACGGUUUUCAAAGAAAUAUUACGAUUUUGUUUUCGUCAGAGAUUGGAAUACAGUUUAUGUGAAAUGUAAAGAGUACAGGGACCAAGUCGCAAUAUCAAGAUAGUACAGGGACUAUUCAUACAUUUUAUAAUUUUCCAUCACAUAGUAACUAGCAGGGAAUAACAGAUCCAUAGAUGCAGUACAUCACCUGUUACAAUAAACAAUACUGCUGCACAGUAAGGACAACCUCUUUAUGUUAACAAAAUUUAGAACCAUGCGUAUGCUAUAUUAUCCUUUACAGUAUCAUAAUUACAAUGCUUAAUUUCCUAGUUAUUUUUGUAUUAUAAGUGCAUUUAUAAUAUAAAUAUGUUUUCUUAGCAUGUUACAAGUUUC